UGUCAUUGGCAACUUUCUAUUUGUAGUGAGCUUCAUUGUGAAGCUACCAGAAUUCACAGAGAGACAGAUAAACAUGUUGAUUCUUUGUUUAGCAGAUAUCUUCUGUGUAUAAAGUGACUCGGUAGAGAACACACGUAUCUAAUAACACACUAAUCUGUUUAAGUGGUCUGAGGCAGUUGUUAAAUAACAAGCAUUUUCAAGUGCAAUGUUAGUAACAAUGAUUUGGGGAAACAGCUCAGAGAUGUAAUGAUGCUCCUAUGAUGGUUCUAAAGAUGAACGUAGCCUUAAGAUGCUUUUGGGAAACCGGGCCCAGUGUGCUAGAGUAAAACUAGACUGUCAACGUAAGACUGUAAGGUAUUUGUUAUGUCAUAAAGAGUUUAAUUUGAAUGAAAACAUAUUCACGUAGGCCCUCACUUGGUGAAGGCCAUUGAAAGCGAUUGAAUGCAACAACCAUGUCUCUGUCACUAACAAACACAAGUCAUGAAUGGGGGCGUGCUCAGCCCUCUGUUUCCUGUAGUCCACGAUCAGCUCCUUUGUCUUGCUGACAUUGAGGGAGAGGUUGCUGUCCUGGCACCACACUGCCAGGCCUCAUCGUCGUCGACAAACUUAAUAAUAGUGUUGGAGUCGUGUGUGAACGGAGUAAAGGAGGGGACCAAGCAUGCACCCGUGAGGAGGCCCUGUGUUGAGCGUCAGCAUGACGGAUGUGUUGUUGUCUACUUCUCACCACUUACGGGUGGCCCGUCAGGCAGUCCAGGAACCAGUUGCAGAGGGAGGUGUUCAGUCCCAGGAUGCUUAGCUUAGUGAUGAGCUUGGAGGGCACUAUGAUGUUGAAAGCUGAGCUGUUGUCAAUAAACAAUAUUUUCACACAGGUGUUCCUCUUGUCCUGGUGGGAGAGGGCAGUGUGGAGUGCAAUAGAGACUGCCCCUUAACCUCCCGCUGCCUGAUGCCCUCAAGGAGUGGAGACCAGGACAGAAGCUAUAAAAGAAAAUAGCCCAAAGUUCACAUUCACAUAACUGCUGCUUCGCUCUGUAGAUAAACUACAUGUUAAGUUCCAUCAUGGUGUGUACAGUAGCAGUGAUCGGUGCGGGUCCCUCAGGUCUGACCAGCAUCAAGAGCUGUCUGGAUGAGGGUCUGGAGCCCACCUGUUUCGAGAGCAGUGAUGACAUCGGGGGACUGUGGAGGUUCAAGGAGCAUCCAGACCCAGGAAGGGCCAACAUCUACCAGUCUGUCAUCAUCAACAGCUCCAAGGAGAUGAUGUCAUACAGCGAUUUCCCUCCUCCUGCUCACCUGCCCAACAACAUGCACCACCCCCAGCUGCUGAGCUACCUACGACUUUACGCUCAGACCUUUGACCUCUUCAAGCACAUCUACUUCCAGACCACUGUGGUGAGUGUGCGUCAGAGGCCAGACUUCCCAGUGUCAGGCCAGUGGGAGGUGGAGACAGAGAGGAGAGAAGGUCAGAGGGAGAUUCAGGUCUUUGAUGCUGUGAUGGUCUGCACCGGUCACUUUACACAACCACACUUGCCUCUCAAUGACUUCCCAGGUAUAGAAGAGUUUGAGGGCAGGUACUUUCACAGUUGGGAAUACCUCAGUGCUGAGGGGCUGCAGGGGAAGAGGGUGGUGGUGGUUGGGAUUGGGAAUUCUGGAGGUGACAUCGCUGUGGAUGCCAGCAGAGUAGCGGAGCAGGUGUACCUCAGCACACGGAAAGGGGCAUGGGUGGUCAGCAGGGUAGGGGCGGGGGGACUGCCAGGUGACCUAGUGGGCACUUCAAGAUUGGACAGGCUAGUGCAGAAGCUCUUCCCCUCCUGGAUUACCAUGAUGAUGGAGAAGAAACUGAACAGAACCUUCGACCACAGACUGUACGGCCUACAACCAAAACACAGGUUCUUUGCCCAGAUCCCAGUGGUGAAUGAUGAUCUACCUGGUCGAAUCAUCUCUGGUCGUGUUCUGGUCAAACCCAACAUCAGGGAGAUCAAAGGCUCCAGUGUGGUGUUUGAGGAUGGGAGCGUCGUGGAAAAGGUGGAUGUUGUGGUGUUUGCCACUGGCUACAACUAUGACUUUCCUUUCCUGCCUUCGGGUCUGCUGACUAAUGGUGGUCACCGCCUGUGUCUGUACCGUCAUGUGUUCCCCCCGGGGCUGACUCGGCCCAGUCUGGCUGUAGUGGGCUUCAUCUGUAACCUGGGAGCCAUCAACCCUCUGGCUGAGAUGCAGGCCCGCUGGGCCACCCAGGUCUUUAAAGGGUUACUAACACUGCCCUCACAAGAAGCCAUGCUGCAGGACGUAAAGAGAGAUACCAGCACGUUGCCAAACAGGGUUGCCUGUUUGGAGCGUCACCCUCUCCAGGUGGACCACAUCCCCUACAUGGACUCCAUGGCAGAGGAGUUGGGGGUUCGUCCUAAUCUCCUAGGGCUCCUGUUGAGGGAGCCUGGUGUGGGGCUGCGUGUGCUACUGGGGCCCUGCACCCCGUACCAGUACCGUCUGAGAGGGCCAGGACAGUGGGACGGAGCCCGACAGGCCAUCCUCACCCAGUGGGAGCGUGUAGCCCAGCCCUUCAGGACCAGGAUGCCGCCACAACCAGAGAGCAGAACCAGAGCCUCCUCUAGUCUGAUACUGACUCUGUCUGGCACUGUUCUCCUACUAACAACCUUCUAUACCAGACACAGUCUCUCAUCACUCUCCACAGGCCUCCUCUAUAAGAUAUACAGACUACCUGAGAUCAUAUGGGGGUGGAAAUGAACACUAUGGGCCUAUUGCAUCCACUGUUGGCCACUAUUUUAUCUCUCAUUAAACUAUCAAUACACACUAAGAUCACCUGCACAGCUGAUCUUAAUUGCUUCCAAAAUGUGCUGUUCUCUAAAAGCCGAGCUACAUGUGACGUCAGUGUUAACUUGGCCUCGCUUUAUUCAAACAUUUCCAAGACAGGCUAUUUAUUAUCUUCGGUAGAAAUAAAACCUGGAAACCGAGCAGACUAAGGGGUGAUUGAACUAUUUCACAAUCAUUCAGUGCAACUAAAAUAAAGCAUUUUCUUGUUUAGAAAUUAUACUGAGGCAAUACAUCGUACAGGUUAUAUCAGGGUUUUUCAAACGCGGUCCUAGGUGCAUGUUUUAAUUUUUGCUCUAGCACUACACAGCUGAUUCAAAUAAUCAAAGCUUGAUGAUGAGUUGGUUAUUUGAAUCAGCUGUGUAGCGCUUGGGAAACAUCUAAAUGUGCACCCAGGGGGGCCCCAGGACCAAGUUUGGGAAACUCUGGCUAAUAUGAAUGAAAAAUGCUGGUGUACUCAUUACUUUUUAAUUUCCAAAUUAUAUCAUCCAUUAAUUACAACUUGUCUUAUUAACUAUGGUUAUUUCUGAUCAAGAGGACAAAACCAAAUAUCCCUGAAUUGUCCAUAUCGAAAUUGUGUAACUAAAUCAAGUCAAUCAUGACUGAUUUCAUGUAAUCUUUGUUUUUGUCAAAUUCAAGGUAUACAGUGCCUUCGAAAAGUUUAGAACCCUUGACUUUUUCCACGUUUUGUUAUGUUUACAGCCUUAUUCUAAAAUGGAUAAAGACAAAGCAAAAAAAGUUAUUAUUUAUUUAAAAUUUUC